AUGGUACUACUACUGCCUACACCUUCCACACUCGGAGGAAUUCUCGUGCGACAGAUAAGAAAUCGCUUGUCCUCGCCUUCCUUCCUGUCUGUACACCGAUUGUAUUUUUUAGCCAUCAUUUUCGUCUCUUCUAUUAUUUUCUGGCUGUUACCACAACACCAUCAAAGCGUUCCGUUUAUUGAUAGUCUUUUUCUUGUUGUUUCGGCGAUUACCUCAACUGGUCUGACCACCCGAAAUCUGAGCACGUUGAACACAGCUCAACAGAUUCUGAUAUGGAUAUUGAUCGUGGUCGGAAGCCCGACAUUCAUCAGUGUUUUUGUUGUUUGGGUGAGGAGAAGAGCUUUUGAAUCGAAAUUUGCAAAUGUUAUUUUUGGCAAGAGACAGAGUCCUGGUUCUAACACCCCCAACGAACCUACGAAUCGUCAGAACUUUAACCAGAGCUCAUCGGAUAUCGGUGACCCCUGCGCUACAACUUUGGCAAAUUCUCCAAACGAAAGUUCUUCAAAUUGUAAUGGCCCUAAUCAUUACUCCAUCUUUCAGACUAGAACCCUAACUCUUUCUCUAGUGGGACAAACAACUUCGCAAGAUCCCAAAAUAGAGGAAAAGAGCGGCAAUGACGACGAAAACGGAGCACAAAAGUCCUCCUUCACGGCUCAAACAUGUGUGACACCGAACGCACCCAACCUUCAUAGCAAUACUCCCACUCUGCUGGGAAAAUACUCGAAAACAUCGUUCCUUGAGAGUGUUCGUGUUUUUGGAAAUGCCAUGGUAGGACGGAACUCUCAAUUCUACGGACUCACACGCGACGAGAGAGAGCAACUUGGUUGUAUCGAAUACAAAGCUUUGAAACUGCUUAGUAUUUUAGUACCAGCAUAUCUAAUCAGCUUUCAAGUCAUUGGGUCUAUAGCGUUUGGAUCGUUCAUUUCAGCUCGUCAGGCAGAUAUCGCUUACCAAAAUGGUGUCAAGCCCUGGUGUGUGCUAGCAACACGGUUCUUCGAAGAAUUUACUGACAUCUCGCUGCAGGUGGCUUGGCGUAUUCAAUGGAGUUUCUGCUUUUAAUAAUGCUGGGAUGUCGUUAUUGGAUGCAAAUAUGGUAAGUCCCUCCUCCCCGGUCUGCAAACAUUCAGAUACCUAACAACUGUGAAGAUACCUUUUCAAUCAUCAUAUUAUAUCCUUCUUACGACCGCUUUUUUAACUUUGGCAGGAAACACUGCGUCAGUUCAUCCCACUCAGUGUCGGGAUUAUUAAUACUGAAUGCCAUUUAGAUAUCCAAUCUUUUUACGACUACUUCUGUGGUUAAUGCAUCGCAUAAUCCCCAAGUCCGGUCGACUCGAGGAAUGGGCCGACACCAUGGCAUUUAUCCUCAAGUACCCACGAAGGGUAUAUACCCAUCUCUUUCCAUCUACUGCAACAUGGUAUCUACUUCUUGUUCUCUUCGUACUCAAUGGAAUCGAUUUCAUCAGUUUCGAAGUACUGAACCACAACAACCCAGUCUUCCAAUCUCUUCCACCCACCAUCCGUAAUCUAGAUGGUUUGGUUCAAACGAUCUUCAUCCGCUCAGCAGGUUUCACAGUCAUCUCCAUCUCCUCUCUCCGAAUCGGGCUCCAAGCUCUUUACGUUCCCAUGAUGUUUAUAUCCGCCUUCCCCGUCGCAAUCACAAUGCGUAGCUCCAACGUCUACGAAGAACGCUCCCUCGGAAUCUAUGCAUCUCAACUCCAACAAAGUCAAACACCUCAAGCCCCAGAAAACGGAAGUCUCCUUACCCGCGCUUCACGAACUCGCCUCUACUUCCUCCGGCAACAACUCUCCCACCAACUCAGUCACGAUUUCUGGUUCGUAGUAAUCUGCGCAAUUGCGAUAAUCUGGAUCGAAACUGGAAGUUAUGAUAAAGACCCUUUCACAUUUUCUGUUUUUAACAUCCUGUUUGAGGUUAUUAGUGCAUAUUCUUGUGUUGGUCUUUCGGUGGGCCUACCGGAUCAGGCGUAUUCUUUGAGUGGGAAGUUUCAUACUACUUCCAAACUGAUUUUGUGUUUUUUGAUGUUUAGGGGGAGACAUAGGGAUUUGCCUGUAGCUAUUGAUAGAGCGGUACAAUUGCCUUCUAGUGUUGUGGGUGGUGGCGAAGAGGAGGAUACUGGUGAAAGUAGAAGUGUGGGGGUACAAGGUACUCAGAUAUACUAG